AUGCGUUUGGUGCUGAAAUCUACUACAAGAGGGUCAAUUUUGAAUUGGGGCAAAAGAAGAAGAAUGGGAGGGACUGGUCCUUUCAUCCCGAUUCUGGGGGUUGCUUCAUGUGUGGUCUUCAUUUAUCUUUCAUUUGGCGACCUGUGGCCGGCGUAUCCUGUGGGACCGGCGUGGAGUUUUGUGCAGAGAAAUGGGACUCGGUUUAUGUUGGAUGGGAAGCCGUUUUAUAUCAAUGGGUGGAAUUCGUAUUGGUUGAUGGACCAUUCCGCCGAUAACCAGAGGAAACACAAGACUACUGCAAUGCUGGAAGCUGGUUCAAAAAUGGGUCUCACCGUCUGUAGAACUUGGGCGUUCAAUGAUGGCGGCCACAAUGCACUUCAGGUCUCUCCUGGCCGAUUUGAGGAGAAAGUUUUCAGGGCGUUGGAUCACGUGAUUGCUGAGGCGAAAGCACAUAAAGUCAGGCUGCUUCUUAGUUUAGUGAAUAACUUAAAACCAUAUGGCGGUAAGGAUCGAUAUGUGAAGUGGGCUUGGGAAGAAGGGGUUGGCUUGAGCGCUUCCAAUGAUUCUUUCUUCUAUGAUCCAUCCAUCAAAAAGUACUUUAAGCAUUAUUUACAGACCAUGCUGACAAGAAGGAACACUGUCACGGGAUUGGAAUAUAGGAACGAUCCAACCAUCUUUGCAUGGGAAUUGAUGAAUGAACCCCGUUGCAUGACAGAUCCUUCAGGAGAUACUGUUCAAAAUUGGAUCGAAGAAAUGUCGGCUUACGUGAAAUCAAUUGACAAGAAUCAUCUACUAACAGUGGGGCUGGAAGGGUUUUAUGGUCCUAAAAACCCCAAAAGACUGACUGUGAAUCCAGCAGAUUGGGCUGCAGACCUUGGAUCUGAUUUCGUUCGCAACUCAAAGGUUUCACACAUUGAUUUUGCCUCUGUUCACAUAUACCCUGACCAUUGGAUUGCUCAUCGAUCAUUUGAGGAUAAACUGUCAUUCGUUUCCAAGUGGAUGCUCUCACAUAUCGAAGAUGGUCACUAUGAGCUGAACAAGCCUGUUCUCUUCACCGAAUUUGGAUUGUCUAAUCUGAACAAGGACUUCCAACCAUCUCAACGUGACUGGUUAUACAAAACAGUUUAUGAUAUCAUAUACAAAUCUGCCAAGAGAAAGCGAGCCGGAGGUGGUGCUAUGAUGUGGCAACUAUUUGUUGAAGACAUGGACGAUAGUAAUGAUGAUUUUGGUAUUGUCCCGUGGGAAAGGGCAUCAACAUAUAAGUUGAUAACCGAGCAGUCAUGCAAACUGGCAAAACUCCGAGGCGCCAUAGAAGAGAACCAGAAUCUGAAAGAACUGUGCUUGCGCAAACAGUGA